UCCUUCUUCCCUAUAUAUAUACCCCUUUCGUAUUCCCUCCUUUCUUCACCAAACCAUAUCACAACCAUGUUCUUCCCUUUCAUCCUCGCCGCCGCCGCCGCCAUCUUCUUCUUCUUCUUCUUCCAUUCUCUUUUCAAAUUCUCCGCCUCUGUUCGCCGGAAACCACCUCUUCCACCGGGCUCAAUGGGCUGGCCUUACAUCGGUGAAACCCUCCAACUCUACUCUCAAGAUCCCAACGUCUUCUUUGCCUCCAAGAAGAAGAGAUAUGGUCCAAUUUUCAAGUCCCACAUAUUGGGUUAUCCUUGUGUGAUGCUUUCAAGUCCCGAAGCUGUGAAAUUUGUGUUGGUUACUAAAGCCCAUCUCUUUAAGCCGACAUUCCCAGCUAGUAAAGAAAGAAUGUUGGGAAAAAAUGGCAUAUUUUUUCACCAAGGUGAGUAUCAUGCCAAAUUGAGACGCCUCGUCCUCCGAACAUUCAUGCCUGAGUCCAUCAAAAACAUCGUACCCACCAUCGAAUCCAUCGCUAAGAACACCAUACAAUCAUGGAAUGGACAAUUGAUCAACACCUUCCAAGAAAUGAAAAUGUUCGCAUUCGAGGUUUCUUUGCUAUCAAUAUUUGGAAAAGAUGAAGCUCUUUACUUCGAAGAUCUUAAACGAUGCUAUUACAUUCUUGAAAAAGGGUACAAUUCGAUGCCCAUAAACUUGCCAAGAACACUCUUCCACGAGGCCAUGAAAGCUAGGAAGGAUCUAGCGCGUAUCUUAAACAAGAUCCUCACAACCAGGAGGGAAACGAAGCGGGAUUACAACGACCUCCUCGGAUCAUUCAUGAGCGAAAAGGAAGGCCUCACUGACGAACAGAUAGCCGACAAUGUCAUCGGCAUCAUCUUCGCAGCUCGCGACACGACAGCGAGUGUUCUAACAUGGAUCUUGAAGUUCCUAGGAGAAAACCCAAGUGUUCUUCAAGCUGUUACCGAUGAACAAGAAGCAAUAAUGAAUGAAAAACAGAGUAGAGAAGAUAAUAAUCUCACCUGGGGUGACGCGAAAAACAUGCCGAUUACUUCAAGGGUGAUUCAAGAAACUCUAAGAGUUGCUUCGGUUUUGUCAUUUACUUUCAGAGAAGCAGUGGAAGAUGUUGAAUUUGACGGGUAUUUGAUUCCAAAGGGAUGGAAAGUUUUGCCUCUGUUCAGGAACAUUCAUCGUAGCUCUGAGAAUUUUGCUCAGCCUGACAAGUUUGAUCCUUCGAGAUUUGAGGUGGCUCAGAAACCCAAUACGUAUAUGCCAUUUGGCAAUGGGACCCACUCCUGUCCGGGAAAUGAAUUGGCCAAGCUGGAGAUGUUGGUUUUACUCCAUCAUUUAACCACAAACUACAGGUGGAAUGUAGUGGGAGAUGAAGAAGGGAUUCAAUAUGGUCCAUUUGCUCUUCCCCACAACGGAUUGCCCAUUAGAAUAUCUCUCAAGAAAUAAAAAUAGAAAAAAAGAAAUUAAUAAAUUU